AUGAAGACUGACAAUUACCUUAACCUCUGCCUCGAGCAGGCCGCCAAGUCGCCUUUACGCUACCGCCAUGGAGCCAUCAUUGUCCGUGGUGGCAAAGUCAUUGGUCAGGGCUACAAUGAUCAUCGCUCUGGCUUCGACGGUGGUGCCCUGAAGACCGGACGCCUUCCAAUGCGCGCGACUAAGCGAGAGAUAGGUGAGCCGAAGGGUCAUGUAAAUAAGACUUUUACACCCUUUGAAAGUAUAGGCGGUGGAGGAAAACUCGCCAACACUCCGUUGUCUAUGCACAGCGAGAUGAUGGCGAUCCACUCCGCUCUCUCGGCUUCUAGCACGCUGGCUUCUAGUGCGGUGUCUUCCGAAAAACCGUGCUUUAAACUAUCGGGUGAUUCUAAACGAAAGUCACGACUACGAAGGGAAGCAAUCAACUCAUAUGUCAAAGCCAUCUGCGAGGCCGCACUGGCCCAGUCCACCGCGGCCUCUGGCAGUGUCCAGUCCGGUGUUCAAGAGUGGCGAUUUGAAUCCUCUGCAUCUGGAUCGCGCGAGACUGAACCUUGUGUUUCACGACCAGGAGAAGAACGAGAACGUGGCCUUAUCGGAAGCGAACAGUACGGAGAAACACCGCCUGAAGAACGGGAAGAAUCAUCAUCAUCACAAGCUUGGCAACAAGUCCAACAAUGGACAACACAAACACAGUGGUCGACGACAUGCGCGUAA